UACAUACAUUUGUUACAUGCUCAUCUUUAUUUUCUCUUCCUUCGAUCUUGCUGCUUAAAAUAAAACAACAAUAACUUUACACAUGGAAGGAGAAAAGCAGCAAGAUUAUUCCCUAAAAAUACCUUUAUUGCUUAACAACAAUGAUACAAAAGCAAAGGCGGAUGAACACCACCACAAAACUGGGGCGGGGGCCGAGGCCCCCGACACCAGCAUGGUCACUUCUUCCUUCUUUAACACAUGUUUCAAUGGACUCAAUGCUCUAUCAGGUGUUGGAAUUCUGUCUGUUCCAUAUGCAUUGGCAUCAGGAGGAUGGUUAAGCUUGAUACUACUUUUCACAAUAGCCAUGUCAACUUUCUACACAGGAUUACUUAUAAAAAGAUGUAUGGAUGCUGAUCCCACAAUAAGAAGUUAUCCGGAUAUUGGGGAUCGGGCAUUUGGUAAAACAGGCAGAAUCAUUGUAUCAGUCACCAUGAACAUAGAGCUUUACUUGGUUGCUACGGGUUUUUUGAUCUUAGAAGGCGAUAAUUUAAGCAACUUACUGCCAGGAAUAAUGGACUUUGAUGUUUAUGGAAUUCAUGUAGGUGGCAAGAAAAGCUUUGUUGUUAUCGUUGCAGCCAUCAUACUCCCCACGAUUUGGUUAAAUAACAUGAGCAUUCUUUCGUAUAUAUCAGCAAGUGGUGUGCUAGCGUCUUUGAUUAUUCUAGGUUCGAUUAUGUGGGUUGGUGAGUUUGAUGGUGUCGGGUUUCAGGAAAAAGGUACUCUUGUAAAUUGGAGUGGAAUGCCUUCGGCUAUAAGUUUGUAUGCCUUUUGCUACUGUGCUCAUCCAGUUUUUCCUACCUUGUAUAUUUCGAUGAAAAACCAACGUCAGUUCUCAAAGGUGCUGCUACUAUGUUUCGUCUUCUGCACGAUUACUUACUCAUCAAUGGCAGUUUUUGGUUACCUUAUGUUUGGUUCACAUGUAGAGUCACAGAUUACCUUAAACCUUCCUACCAACAAAAUAAGCUCAAGAGUGGCUAUAUGCACCACACUAGUGAAUCCUAUAGCUAAAUACGCAUUGAUGGUAACACCAAUUGUCAACUCUAUUGAACAAAGAUUUAUGUCUUUCUACAACACAAGGAGGUUUAGCAUCUUGAUCAGAACAGCAUUGGUUAUAAGCACAGUAAUAGUAGCCUUGGCACUCCCUUUCUUCGGGUAUUUGAUGUCACUUGUGGGAGCGUUUUUAAGUGUUACUGCAUCGAUCAUACUCCCAUGCUUGUGUUACUUAAAAAUUUCAGGCAUUUACCGUCGAAUGGGACUUGAGGUGGUGGUCAUUGGAUUCAUUGUAUUCAUAGGAAUUUUGGUUGCAGUUGUGGGUACUUAUGUGUCGUUGAAAGAUAUAGCACGAAAUCUAUAGCAUUCCGAUACCUUUUUGGAAACUUCAUAACAAUGUUGGUUGAUUAUUUUAGGAUUCAGUUUUGGGUUCCUAGUGAUUUGUAAUGUGGUACAUUCUUUACAGUAGUUUACAAAGAAACAUAAUUUGGAGAUGAUAGAUGGUUUUAAUACUAA